AUGAUCGCGGCCGGCGACGAGCUCGAAGUCCGUCGCAUCCUAUUGAUCUGCUUCCGCGACAUCGUCAUCGUGCCCCGAUACGACAUCCUGAAGAAUAUAUUCUCGAGACUCAGUCUGGACAGCAUCAAUGCCACACUCGCACAUCUCGAGAGCGAAGGCCGCGCGCGUGGCAACAGCGACACGUUCAGCGCGAGCGACGGCAGACCGGGCACCGCGCAUAGUCUCGACCCCAACUUGUCGAGCUACAAUUCGCAAGCAAGCACACUUCUCGGCGGCGCUGCCACUUCUUCGGGAGGUCGGUCGAGAGCUACGUCGAACUUGUCCAACACCAGCAACCCAGGCCAGAUCGACAGCAGCGCAUUUCAGUCCUUCUCAUCACCGCCCGCCGCCCGUCCAUCCGAUAACACCUCCUCACAAGUAACGGAGAUCAGUGGGCGCAUGCUGCAGUGUCUCAGCGUGCUGGCGAGCGUACAGACAGCGGACGAGGCACAGACCAAGAUGGAGGAGCUGAAUAAGCAGUUCAAACUCAACUGGCUGGGACGAGGUCGCACUGGUCGGAACAGGAAGGGCUUUAUUGGGACGAGGAUGCGCACUGUCAGAUCAGCGGGAGCGAGUACGAUGGACACUGCGAGGGGGACGGUGAGGAUGAUAAGUGAGAGGGAGGGGAGUCCCACGCCGACGCCGACGAGGCAGGGAACCGUGAGCAGACAGGGCUGA